GUACAGAGCAGAGUAGAGUAGAGCAGCAGAGCAGAGCGAGUGAGCCACAUCCGCCACUGGAGGGAUCUAAUCUGUGCAAUCUGACGCUCAAGGAUUUAUAGGUUUAGUCAAAAUUGCUUUUCUCCACUGUGGAGAUUAAGUACCGUGGGAUGUUUUGUUGGUCAGGCCAGAGCUGCUGCUUCUUACCCAGCCCGAAGCUGUUCUGCUGAAGACAAUGUCCCAGGACCCACGCAGAGUGGUUUUAGCCCUAGUGGGGUGUGGAAUUUGACUGGAAUUUGAGGGAUCCACGGUGGUAUGUGCACCAUGCAAGUGGAUACUGUGUUUGUGCUGUUCUGCGUCUGCCUCAUGGGGGUUGCUGGGAGAUCAGCUCAUCAAAGAGGCCAAAAGCUAGAGACCUACAAACAAAGCAGAUCCAGGAGACAAACGUCAAGAAUGGAUGGAGAAACUCAUAGCAACUCUGAAAGACCAAUCCUAAAGCGAAGUUCAGACAUGACAAAAUCUCCCAUGACAAAAUCUGAGCAGCUCCUAAGAAUAGAUGACCAUGAUUUUACCAUGAGACCAGCAUUUGGAGGUAGUCUUCCACAAGCUUCCCACAAUAAGUUGGGUGAAUUUUGGCCCAUUCCUCCUGACAGACCGGGUGUAACUGAGUCAGGACCCCCUAUUCCAGUUGGGGUAGAUGUUCAGGUUGAAAGUCUGGACACAAUCUCUGAAGUGGAUAUGGACUUCACCAUGACCCUGUACCUGAGGCACUACUGGAAGGACGAGCGCCUGUCCUUCCCCAGCACCAAUAACCAGAGCAUGACCUUCGACAGCAGGCUGGCCAAGAAGAUCUGGGUUCCUGACAUGUUCUUCGUCCACUCCAAGAGGUCCUUCAUCCACGACACAACCACGGACAACGUCAUGCUGAGGGUGCACCCUGACGGAAACGUGCUCUACAGUCUAAGAAUCACAGUCACGGCCAUGUGCAACAUGGACCUGAGUCGCUUCCCUCUGGACACACAGACCUGCUCGCUGGAGAUAGAGAGCUACGCGUACACGGACGAUGACCUCAUGCUGUACUGGAAGAAAGGCAACGAGUCACUGAACACGGACGAGAGGAUAUCUUUAUCUCAGUUCCUCAUCCAGAAGUUCCACACCACUACAAAGCUGGCCUUUUAUAGCAGUACAGGCUGGUACAACCGUCUGUACAUCCACUUCACUCUACGACGCCACGUCUUCUUCUUCCUGCUCCAGACCUACUUCCCUGCCACCCUCAUGGUCAUGCUGUCCUGGGUCUCCUUCUGGAUCGACCGCAGGGCUGUCCCCGCUAGGGUCCCCUUGGGUAGGAAAGGCCCUUGCCAGAAGGACAAGAAAGUUUCUAGCUCUAGGUAUCACCACGGUGCUCACCAUGUCCACCAUCAUCACUGGAGUCAACGCCUCCAUGCCCAGAGUGUCCUACAUCAAAGCAGUAGACAUCUACCUGUGGGUCAGUUUUGUGUUUGUCUUCCUCUCGGUCAUAGAGUAUGCAGCGGUCAACUACCUCUCGACCGUGCAGGAACGGAAAGAGAGGAAGCUAAGAGAAAGGUUGCCCUGUACCUGUGGGAUUGGCAACCCGGACGACAUGACGUGCGACCCCCAGAUCUCCGGCUACACCACCAUGGACGUCAACCGCACAGCGAACUAUGGCACAGCAGGGAAUUAUGGGAUGCCAGAGAACGGCGGCAGGCAGGAGAGGAUGUUGGCCCAGGUGGUUCUGGGGAAUCCCCAGCUCACGGGCCAGGUAAAGAGGCCAGGCUAUGUGAACAUUUGGAUAGACACCCACGCCAUAGACAAGUACUCACGGGUCCUAUUCCCUGGUUCCUAUGCCCUGUUCAACAUCAUCUACUGGUCUAUCUACUCCUAACGCCUGGCCUGUGCCACAAAUGGGGAAGGACCCUUCUACCCUAUCACACUCACAUGCUGCAGUUACGAGCACAACAUGGUCAUAUUUAUUAAGCACUAAAUGGGCAGAGAACUGACUCAAACAGGGAGGGAGUGGGACUACAUUAACUUGUCGAUUUUUAGAGUGUUCACUAAUGAAUAUGACUCAGGACUCCACUGUGACUCCAUUAACAGGGAUAGUGGCCACAGAGAGAAGAUGUUUUUGUCUGUUUUUCAAGACGGCGAAAGAGAUUGAGACAUGGCUCAUAAAAUGCAAGGAACAUUGCCUUCUUGACCGAGCCUCUUAAAUGGACUUAUUUAAAUAUGUACUCUUUCCAUGUGUAUUCAAGAAAACAGGUAUAAGGGUUUAUCGUCAUUUCCACCGAGCCACCGGGUCAAGCAUUAAAAAAAUUGGGUGCAUUAUUUUUAUUUAAACAUCCACUGAAAAUGUUCAGUUACAAUAUGGUUUCUCAAACAUCAGACUAAUUAAUAUUGAUAACUGGUGCAUCGGGGUUAAAAAACUAUUUUUGAUUGCAAUGUUUUGGGAGUGUCAAAUGUUGAAAUACAAUGUUGUUUACACAUGUUGUGAAUUAUUUUCCAUAGAACGUAUAGCCCCUUGUUGAUUCUAUAUUUAACAUUGAGAUGUUUUUUAAAUUAUGGUCACGAUUAAUUCAAACUUUUUGGGAUUGUGUCAUAUUGAUUGUGACCAAUGGACAACUAAGCAACUGAAAAACAACAUUGAUAGGUUUUAGAUCUGAAUGCUUGCCCACUGGGUGAAGGGCAUUGACAUGACGUGUAUAUAUUAGUGACUUAGCAUGACUAUGACUAGGCAGUGACCCGGAGAGUGCUAUCCCCUUUAAACUCUAAAGCCUGAAUUUCAGGUGAUAUCUUUACAUUUUCAUAUUUGCAAGUUCUAAAAUAUGAACACACUAUUUGGAUGUUAUGUAUCGUUGCUUCUGAUCUUAAACACUAGUUUGUUGGUAAUAAGCAACCAUUUGACCUUUGUGCUAAUUUUCACAGCAAUAGCACAACUACACGUGACACGAAUACAUAAGAAACAAACCGGUUAGGUUAUUUGAAGCCAAAACGUACAAAUCACUUUAGGCUGUUUUCUUCUCCACUAUUUUGAGACUUUUGAAGUUAAUGUCUCUUCGUGUAUAUUAUUAUGCGUGAUUCAAUUGUAUUAGUUGUUUCGGGUUUUUAGAGUUCAUUCCCCUUUGAAUCCAUUUGAAUAAAUAACCUCGUAGAUAACCUCAUAUAUAGCUACAGGAUGGAUAUAUUAUUGUCUUACUAGGAGAGAUUGUGUCUCCAAAUACCCCUUGUUUUUUUAUAAUCAAUAUGAGCAUAAUCGCUCAACACACCUAUGUAAAAGCUAUGUUGUGAUCCUUGUUAAACAUAUUUAAUAAAUGUGAUGUUUUCUGAGAAAGAGGAAGUCAUUGCAUCUGAAGUGGAAGAACAUGUUUGGAACUGGCCUAAAGACAUGGAAAUUGACAUAUUACAGUAAUUGCAAUGCUGCGGCGUCUCAUUAGAAACUUCGCUUUAUGGUGUAUUGGAAUUGCUUCGUUGAUAACAAUGAUUACCAUUCUUCGAAAAUCAUGAGCAACUUGGCACUGAUUGCAGAGCAGCCUCUGACUAGAGGUAGUUUGAAUCAAUACUUCCUGUUUGUCACGUAGAGUAGGCCAGAAGGCUAAACUGGAU